AGCCCGCCUUCAGGAGCAGUUCGGCCUCAUGGUGCGUCUGGACUACAAGGACGGACAGCUCAGAAGCUGCCGCCUCGUGCCUGCUGUCACCAGGUCUGAGGACUUGAACCCCUCAUGGUGCAUGGUGCCACCUACGGCCACCACCGCCUUCGUCUGCCCCCCCGGCUGGCACCUGAUUGAGUCUACCUGUUUCAUGUUGACCAACUACUCGGGCACUUGGUUCGAGGGACAAGAAUUUUGCAACUCUGAGGGCGGGACUCUGGCGACCGUGUCCAGCGAGGUGCAGCAAGCGGAGCUUAUGUUGAUGCUGAUUGGGGACACGUGGAUCGGCCUGACUGACUUGAAGGAAGAUCACAGCUAUGUCUGGGCGGACGGCAGCUCCAACAACUACACCAGCUGGGCAAGUGGUGAACCUAGCAACUCAGGCACUUUGUGGGUGUUCGGUGAAAGUGAGAGCUGUGUUGAGAUGAGGCAAAAAUCCUUCUACUUGUGGAACGACGCCCAUUGUGACGACAACAAGCAGUUCCUGUGCAGCGUCCCCGCAGACCCUGCUCCUACUACAACCACAACCACUACUACCACUACUACCACCACUACCACCACCACAACUCCGGCGCCUACCUGCGAAGAAGGGUGGGAGAUGUACGAAUUGUCUUGUUACCUCAUCAGUGACGCCGGUGUUUCAUGGAGGGACGCCCAGGCCAGUUGUAAUGAGGUGGGGGCCUCCCUGGCCUCCGUCACCAGUGAAGGGGAGCAAAGGUUCCUUACAGGGAUACUCAGGAGGAGCUCCUGGAUCGGCCUCAGUGAUCUGGAUAGCGAGGGAGCUUUCACCUGGGAGGACAGCAGCCCCCUGGACUUCACCAGUUGGCAUGAUGGAGAACCCAGCAACUCUUAUGAAUUCCUUGGUGAAGGUGAAAACUGUGUUGAAAUGAGGAAGAACUUUGGCUACCUCUGGAAUGAUGAAUACUGCUCAUCAGAGAACGGGUUCAUCUGUGAGCGACCAGCCCAGUAGACUACAGCUACCUCCACCACAGUAACAGUCUGAGCUACAACACAUUAACAGCAUCUGGUUACAACUAACAAUAGAAGCAUUAUUAAGACAUUAUUAAGGUUUAUGUGUGAACUGAAUGUACUAUAAACAAGUUGUGGUCUGCUUAUUGUUUGGUGACAGCUACAUCUAAGAAAUGCUACUUUCACAAGUUUUAAAAAGUUUAUAAAACUAAUGAAGAAAUAAACAUGAAGCAUCAA